AUGGAGCCGGCGUCUGCGGCCCAGAGGCCGCCACGGCCGCGGAGGCGCAGCCGCCGGAGCUCUGCGCGGAGCGGGGACGGCGCGGCGGGGCUGGCGGCGGACACCCCGGGGCCGGCGGCGGACACCCCGGGGCCGGCGGAGGGCCGAUACUCCCUUCGGAGAGGUAGCUCCUUCACAUUUCUAACACCGGGCCCACACUGGGACUUCACUUUGAAAAGAAAACGGAGAGAGAAGGACGAUGAUGUUGUCAGCCUUAGCAGCCUGGAUCUGAAGGAGCCAAGCAAUAAAAGAGUUCGACCUCUAGCUCGGGUCACAUCCUUAGCAAAUUUAAUCUCUCCUGUAAGAAAUGGAGCAGUCAGACGCUUUGGUCAAACAAUACAGUCAUUCACCCUUCGUGGUGACCACAGAUCUCCAGCCUCUGCUCAAAAGUCACUUAGCAGGUCAACAGUCCCAACGCCCACCAAGAGACGAAGCAGUGUGCUAUGGUCAGAGAUGCUAGACAUCAGUAUGAAGGAGUCCUUAACCACCAGAGAAAUCAAACGUCAGGAGGCAAUAUAUGAAAUGUCCCGAGGUGAACAGGAUUUAAUCGAGGAUCUCAAACUCGCAAGAAAGGCGUACCAUGACCCCAUGCUGAAGUUGUCUAUCAUGUCAGAAGAGGAGCUCACACAUAUAUUUGGUGACUUGGACGCUUAUAUACCUCUGCAUGAAGAUUUGUUGACAAGAAUAGGAGAAGCGACAAAGCCUGAUGGGACAGUGGAACAGAUUGGUCACAUUCUCGUGAACUGGUUACCAGGUCUGCAUGCCUACAAAGGCUACUGUAGUAACCAGCUGGCGGCCAAAGCUCUUCUCGAUCAGAAGAAACAGGACCCAAGAGUCCAGGACUUCCUUCAGCGGUGUCUUGAGUCUCCCUUCAGUAGAAAACUAGAUCUGUGGAGUUUCCUAGAUAUCCCUCGAAGUCGCCUGGUCAAGUACCCGUUGCUGUUAAAAGAGAUCCUUAAACAUACACCAAAAGACCACACCGACGCUCAGCUUCUGGAGGAAGCAGUGCUGAUAAUACAAGGAGUUCUUUCUGACAUCAACGUGAAGAAAGGCGAGUCUGAGUGUCAGUACUACAUCGACAAGCUGGAAUACUUGGACGAGAAGCAGAAGGACCCGAGGAUCGAGGCCAGUAAGGUGCUGCUGUGCCACGGGGAGCUGAAGAGCAAGCACGGCCACAAACUUUAUGUGUUCCUGUUUCAAGACAUCUUGGUUUUGACUCGGCCUGUUACUCGCAAUGAGCGCCAAUCCUACCAGGUUUACCGGCAGCCGAUCCCGGUCCAGGAGCUUGUGCUGGAAGACCUGCAGGAUGGUGACGUGCGCAUGGGAGGCUCCUUCCGGGGAGCUUUCGGCAACUCAGACAAAGCUAAAAAUAUCUUUAGAGUCCGCUUCCAAGACCCCUGCCCAGGCCAGUCUCACACUCUGCAAGCCAAUGACGUCUUCCAUAAGCAGCAGUGGUUCAGCUGUAUCCGGACCGCCAUCGCCCCCUUCCAGCAGGCCGCCAGCACCCCAGAGCUUCGGGGUCUGCCAGAGCUCCACGAAGAGCAUGAGGAGAACGACCCCUCCGCUGGCAACCUCAGAGCCCCAAGAAGGGCGUCCGGGGCUUCCGCUGUCACGCAGCUGGAAGGAGAGGAGACCACGUCUGGGUGUGGCUCCAGUGUGCUGGCGCGGGAAGACCCCAGGAGCGGAAAGGCACACCGAACGCCUCCUGGCUUCCGGAGAGCAAGGGACCAGGCCCAGCUAGGUGGCAAACGGAAAGAGACUCUGGUGUAAAGGAGAGAUGAGAGACUGUUUAUUUAUAAAUGUGUACAGUCUAUCUUGCCUAGCACCAUCCUUGGGUUCUCUGUGCCUGUUGUAACAUGUUCAUGGUUUGGGGUUCUUUUUUUUAUGGCAGCUAAAGAUACACAGAUUACUGUUAAAUUGCAGGCUUUUAAAAAAGGUAUUUCCUUGGCUUAUUUACAAUAUGCAAGCCUGGUAUUUUUAAUGAAAUGAAAUAUGUAUGAGAUGGACAUUCUCCUAACUCUGAAUUCAUUGACUUUCCAAUACCAACCAAAUGUGAUAUUUACAGUGUUUGUUAAAAUUCAAACUUUUGCAAAUGCUGGAGUUCAACCAGUGUUCUUUGUUAAACCUUACAUGAAGAAUUUGAAAGUUUUAACAGUGACACCUAAAAUUGACAUGGAAGAUUUUUAUGUUUGAAAAUUUUCAGUAUUGACAGGAACGCAUAGCUUCCUUGGAAAACAAAGCAUAAAGCUUAGUAUGUUUUCCAUUUUAUCAACUGGAAUGCUUUAUAUUAGUUUCUCACUGCACAUUCCUUGUUUUCAUUCAUUUAUUCUGCCAAUUAUUUAAUUUUUUAUUGUAAAGUAGUUUUUAGUAUUUGCUUUUAUUUUUUUACUUUGAUGCCUCUUCAAAUUGGCAUGUCUUUAAAGUGUUUUUCUUCUUGAUUAAAAAAAAUGUUUGUAUGUGUGUGUGUAUGUAUAUAUAUAUAUGUAUGUGGGGUUUUUAAAUCAUAUUAAUUUUACAAAGUGAAACUAAGCCAUACUGUUCUUGAGCCAAUUAAGAAAUUUUCAGUUUUUAUAGUGUAGCAUUUCAGGUGGUGAAGACACGUGAGAUGACUCAGUGUAAUCUAGACUACUGAAAGAAAACCACUUCGAGGAUUUUGUUUAAAGUUUUAGUGUUGUCUGAAAAGUAAAAGGGAAGGCAAGUGACUGGAAUAGUAAAAGAAAACAGAGGGCAAAGGAAAGUAGUUUCGUCUAAAGUAGCGGUGCCUGGUUGUGCAGGAGUGUGCGUGAAAGGAGACAGAAGUCCGACCUGAGGGUGCAUGGGAAGUUGUAGAAGGCUGGAGGGGUGUGAACGCUAUUUGCCUCAGUGUAUAAUGCCCACAGUAAUGACUCUGAGAAGAAAGCCAUGGAAUGUGCUAGCAGUUUGGCCAUAUUAGAUCAAAUUUGGUUGGGUUUCUUUAUAGGAUGAGAGGGAGAAAGAUUGGUGACCUUACCACAAAAUGCUGAUGUUAAAAUGAGAUUAUAUUCUUUAAAAGAGAGGAAAGAGAAUGAAAGCCCUAUGCCAUCACAGGCUUAUAGUGGUGUCCAAGUAAAUGUUAACCAUUAUGUGAAAUAUAUUUGCCCAUGGAAAUGAAAAUUGGAAAAUACUGUAAAUAGACCAAUCAAAUGAUUUCUCUGUAUAAAUGAAUUAUACAAUUAAAAAAAAAAGCACACACAUAAUCACCCUCAAGGUUUCUUGCCUGGUGGAUAUUUUGGGGGCGUCUGCCAGUACAUGAUGGUGUGGUGAAGGAGAGUGAUCAUGGCAAGCCUGACCAAACUUAUGAAAAUCACAGCUAACUGAACCUCUGAAUUGAAUGAGUCAGAAAGGUUCAGUUAAAUCAGGUAUUGUGAAGCUUUUAAAUAAUCUCUUAGGGAGGUUGUCAUCAGAAAUAGCAGGUGUGUGGCUAGAGAAAUGGUUCAGCAAUUAAACAUGCUUGCUUGCAAAGUC